GGCAGGGCAGGGCAGGGCAGCACCACAGGCAGCCUGCCGGGAGCAGAGCGGGAUCCUGCACGGCCCAGCCCUGGGAAGCCACCAUCCCCGAUGGGAGACAGCGUGGCCCCCCCCCCCCCGCCGCCCCCCCCGCCCCGGGGUGCCCCGCAGAGAGAGCGCGCCCCCCCCCCCCGCGACCGGCCCGUCCCUCCAGACGUCGUCCCCUCCGAAAGGACCGUCCCGACCGUCCCUGCAGCCAUCACCCCUUCCGAAAAGACCAUCUUGCCUACCCCUGGAGCUGUGCCCCCCUCCCAGCAGCCCGUGUGCCCCCCAGCCGUGAUGCCCCCCUGCGAGAGCAGCCCCCCGCAGCGUGACCGUCCUGUCCCUCCAGCCGUGACACCAUCAGGACAGCCCGUGUCCCCCAGCCCUGUGGCCGUGGCCCCCUCAGCAGAGAGUGUCCCCCCCUGGCGUGACCAGGCCCCCCCCGGGCCCCCCAAGCCCCCUGGGACGGAGCACCCCAAAGCAGAGGCAUCGCCCCACGCCCCCGAGCAGCCGGGCCCCGUCCACGCUGCCGCCCUGCGCCCAGCAGAGACGCUGCCCCCCGGGAGCCAGACCCCAGCCCCAGCUGCCAGGGAAGGGGCUCCCCCAGAUGCCAAGAGCCCCCCGGGUGCCACAGCCGGGCCCUCAAAGGAUGUGACCCCCCGGAGCGACCGCCCCUCGCCAUCUCCUGCUGCCAGCCCCCGGCCCAAGCAAGAUGCCCAGAAAGCCCAGGCAAGGCACAAGCAGGCGAAGGAGCGGCGUGAGGAGCGGGCCAAGUACCUGGCUGCCAAGAGGGUGCUGUGGCUGGAGAAGGAGGAGAAGGCCCGGCUGCUGCGGGAGAAGCAGCUGGAGGAGCGGCGCAAACGGCUGGAGGAGCAGCGGCUGCGGGCGGAGAAGCGCCGGGCGGUCCUGGAGGAGCGGCAGAGGCAGAAGCUGGAGAAGAACAAGGAGCGCUACGAGGCAGCGAUCCAGCGGUCGGCCAAGAAGACGUGGGCAGAGAUCCGGCAGCAGCGCUGGUCCUGGGCUGGGGCCCUGCACCACGGCUCCCCCGCACACAAGGACGGUGCGAGCCGGUGCUCGGUGUCCGCUGUAAACCUCCCCAAACACGUCGACUCUAUAAUCAACAAGCGGCUCUCCAAAUCCUCCGCCACCCUCUGGAACUCUCCCAGUAGAAACCGGAGCUUGCAGCUGAGCCCGUGGGAGAGCAGCAUCGUGGACCGGCUGAUGACACCCACCCUGUCCUUCCUGGCGCGCAGCCGGAGCGCCGUGACGCUGGCUGGGAACGGCAAGGAGCAGGUGCCCGUGUGCCCCCGCUCGGCCUCCGCCAGCCCCCUCAGCCCCUGCCACAACCACCGGCUGCCGCACCGGUGCUGGGAGCGGCGGAAGGCGGCCACCGCCAGCCCCGACGUGACGCCGCGCCACAGGACCGAGCCCUCGCCCAAGAAGAAGGAGAAGAAGGAGAAGGACCGGGAGAACGCCAAGGAGCGCAGCGCCCUGUCCCGCGAGCGCAGCCUCAAGAAGCGGCAGUCGCUGCCAGCGGCACAGCCCCGGCUCCUGCCUGCGGCCGACAGCAGCCCGGGCCCCAAGAACCGUCCCUCGUCACCUGCCACCCCCAAGAAUCGUCCCUCAUCCCCUGCCACCCCCAAGAACCGUCCCUCGUCCCCUGCCACCCCCAAAGCCCGCCCAGCAUCCCCCAGCCCGGCCCUCGGCUCUCCCCACAAGCCCCCCCUGCCCCGCAGUGCCCACUCCUCCCCCAAGGUGCGGGCCAGGGCACGGGAGGAGCGGGGGGAGCAGGAGAGCCCGGCGAAGGCACGGGAGAGGAAGGAGGAGGAGCGGGGCCCGGCGCCCCCAGCCCUUCCCGAGCCUCCCAAGGUGCCUGUGGAGCCGACAGCAGCCCCCCCAGCCCCUGCAGCCCCCGGCCCCGUGCCGGCCAGCCCCCCAGCCAGACCCCCGGCCGGCACCACGGACCGCGAGGAGGCCGCCCGGCUGCUGGCGGAGAAGCGGCGCCAGGCCCGGGAGCAGCGGGAGCGUGAGGAGCGAGAGCGCCGGGAGCAGGAGGAGCAGGAGAGGCGGGCGCAGGAGGAGCGGGCGGCCGAGGAGCAGAGCCGGAGGGAGGCCCUGGCACGGCGGAGGGACGAGGAGCGGCGGCUGCAGGAGGAGCGAGAGGCCCAGGAGGCCCAGGAGAGAGCCCGGGCUGAGCGGGAGGAGACGGAGCGGCUGCAGAGA